AUGGCAGAUGCAUUGGAUGAACUUUAUGCGAGUUUGUCUUUAACUGAGAAGGAGAAUGAAGUAGUUUCGGUGGAGACUAGCCGGCUAGAGGAUGUUUUAGAACGUAGGGCGAGUUGUUUGAUUAUGAAGCUUUUGAUCAAUAAGCAUUAUAAUCGUGAUGCGUUUAAGCAGACGAUGAGGAAAGUUUGGAACCUGGUGAAGGGUGUGAAAUUAUGUGAUCUCAAUACCGAGUUUACGUUGGUUGAGUUUGAGGAUACGAGAGACAAAAUUAAGGUCAUGCGUGAGGGUCCAUGGUCGUUCAAUAAGCAUCUGGUGCUCUUGAAGGAAUUUGAUGGUAGGUUGCAGAUUGGUAAGAUAGAACUAGUGCAUGCCCCUUUUUGGGUCCGUUUACAUGAUUUAUUGUUAAUGGCCCGUAAUGAGUAUAUCAGGAGACUAGUCGGGGGUGUGUUGGGGGAGGUUUUGGAAGUUGAUUUAGAUAAAGGUGAGAUGGAGUGGGGGGAAUAUAUGAGAGUCAGGGUCCUCAUCAAUAUUUCCAAACCUCUCUUACGUCAGAAGCGUAUGAUUGUGGAGGAGGGGGUAUCCUGUUGGGUGCGUUUUUCUUACGAAAGGCUACCGGACUUAAGUUUUCAUUGUGAAAUUCUAGGUCAUACGUUAAAGGAGUGUGAGGCUAUUGAUGCAAACCAAGUAGAUUGCCAGAGACUUCCAUACGGUCCAUGGUUAUGA